AUGACAGUCGAAGCGAAGUACAACUACGCCAGCCAUCUCUUUGCCAACGAGAUUAAGACCGAUGGAUACAAUGCGUCAAUCCUGUACUACCGACCGAAGAAAGAUGAGCCGAAGCGUGGAGAAGACGAUCUUCUCGUUUCAGCUGGCUAUCUGCCUGACGUAGUCAUCGGCCUCGAUCCCGGCAUGCGGUCGGUGUGUACAGCAGCUCGCCAAUACCUUCGACCUCAGGCUCCUCGUCGACCCAAGCAGAGAAGGGUCCGUCGUCCUAGACGACAGAAGAAGAAGAACAAGAAACGCAAGCGCAACUUCCCCAAGUGGAUUCGUCGACCAAAGGCUUUACGCCUAGGGCAGCGUCCAGGCAGAGAGAUCGUCAGCGUCACCACUCGCGAGUACAGGCAUCUUGCCGGGUUCAACCGCUUCCGCGCUUGGAACAAGAGCCAAAAGAGGAAGUUUCCCGAGUACAAGAAGGUGUUCGACGGUAUGCCUUCAUUCAAGACAGCGAGCUAUGAACAGUACCUGAAGCGGCUCGAGUACUUUUGGCAACACGCGACGUACCUCGUACAGUUUUGGAAAGAUCGACCAUACCUGAAGUGGCGCUUCUUCCAGAAGCGUAUGGCUCGGGUUGCAGUGGAUACGCUUGCUAGGCGGAUCGUACCGACUGUGAGGCCACGCUCCGAGCCCGGUCAAGAGGUUGAAAGAGGCACUGCGGAAGCGCGCGACGGUGGUUUCCAUGGACGAGUUCAGACGAGCAAGCUCUGUUCGCAGUGCCGCCAGUCGCUUUCGAGCGUCCAGUACCCUACUCCAGUCUUCCCCAAAAACGGCGACAAGCCCAAGAGAAAGAAGGUCAAGGGCAAAGUCCUUCCACGUGAUUGGUCCCAGGCUGGGAUCCAGUCACGCCACUGCCGCGUCGUGCUUCUCUGUGAGAACAAGAUCUGCCAGGCGAGGUACUGGGACCGAGACGUGAACGCCACCAUCAACAUGCUGGAACUGCUGAAGAGUGAGGUGCAAGGGCGAGGACGAAUUCAGCCGUUCAAAUGCUCGUAG